AUGAAUAAAAAGUUGUUCUCUUCUUCAUCUUCUUCUUCUCGUCGAGUUUCUCUUCCGGUUUCACUUGGUGUCACUUCUAAUUAUAUUUCACCACACAAAUUGAACAACUUUUCUUCUGCAACUUCUGCACAAAAUAAUUAUAAUUAUAAUAAUAACAACAAUAAAUAUAUUGCAUCUCCAAUGCUUUUGUCUCCAAACAUUUCGAUUCCAAGAAGGUAGUUUCAAUCUCAAGAUUAAUCAAAAAUUAUUAUUUUUUGCAGAAGUCUUCCUUCAACACCACUUCCAAAUGGUGGACGUCGUAGUUUGCCACCAACUCCACCGACUCCAAGUGAAGAUGAAGCUGAAACAGAAGAUGGAGAAGACAUAAAAAGAGAAAAACGACAAGAUCGAUUGAGAAGUUUUGAUUUACGUGAUGGACAUUUACUCGAUAAAGGAUUUCAAAAACCAAAACAUUCGUCUGAAACAUUAGAACCACCAACAAAUCGAUAUGAUUCACGACGUGCAACUUGUCCGGAUAUUUAUCUUUUUGAUUCACAAAAUCAUCUUAUGCGUCAUGUUGUACUUCGAAUUUAUGGAUCGAAAAAUUGUGGGAAAAAACGAUUGGCAAAUCGAAUUCAUCAUUUUGCAACGAGUAUGAAACCGGAAAAAGUUGUCGAUCGUAAGUUAUCGUUUUUUUCUCUGUAAAUUUUCUGUUGAUAAUUGAUAUUUUUCAGCUGAUGAAAACCCAGAUGAUUUCACAAAAAUGACAACAUUUUUAUUGAAUGGUCGAGAAAUAACUUUGGAAAUUUUAUUGGAAUCUGCGUUGGAAAGUUCACCAUUUCGACAAUCAAAAACAAUUUAUAUUGCAAUGUAUACUGUAGAUAGCAAAGCAUCAUUUGCAUAUGCUAGUCGAAUUUUGGAAAGGUUGACAUCUUCUAUUUAAUUCAAAUUCUAAAACAAAAUAUUUCAGAGUUGUUAAAGCUAACAAAUCUGAAACUCCACUUCAAGCAUUCUUGAUUGCCAAUAAAAUUGAUCUCGUCAGAAAUCAAGUUGUGUCAAGUUCUGAAGGUCAAAAAGUUUCCAAACAUUUGAAAUGUGAAUUUGUUGAAGUAUCAGCUUUACUUGGAUUGAACACAGAAGAUACUUGGACAACUAUUCUUCAACAGAUUCAGGUAACAUCAAACAAAAAUUAUAGAAAACAUUUUAUUUUUCUAGGAACCUGCUGAAAGAAGAAGACCAUCUUGGGUUGAACGAUUAUUGAAUCGUGGAAAAGAUGUGGCUGGUGAAGUAUUUCAUCGAAUUAUUGAUUAA